AUGCAUCCGCCUCCGAGCUCCAUGGCUCAAAACUCCACAACACUCUACCAGACCAUCACCAACACGCUCGGCCGCACCAACACGCGCUCCAACUCCUCCUCGUCCUCUGCCUCCAACGUCAGCCAGUCCUCGCAGCGCUCGCCACCCGCAAGCUCUCACAAGCGCACCUCUUCCCUCCACAAGGUCACCAGUCCCUCCUACUCCACCUCGGCGCUCCCCCGAAACCUUGUCUUCGACUACGUCCGCCCCGAAGAGGUUCGCGCCGCCCACGCACUCGAAGUCGAGGGCUAUCCACCCGAGGAUGCUGCCAGCUAUCAGAGGCUCCUCCAGCGUCAGGAGGCGGCUCCUCACCUCUACCUCGGCGCCUUUGUUCCCCUGCCUCCUCCCAAGGUAGCGGGUCCGCUCUCCGUAUCGGGCCAGCCACGUCGCCGCAUCGUCGGCUUUAUCACCGGCACCGCCGCUCCCGCGCUCACCCUCCGCUCCAUGUCGACGCACGACACGUCCGAAGAUGCGCACAUGGUCUGCAUUCACUCGGUCGUCGUAGCACCCGAAUUUCAGCGCAAAGGCCUGGCCACCCGCAUGCUCGAGAACUACAUUUCUCGCAUCCGAAAGGCAGAGGAAGGCAAGGGCCCCGAGGGCGUCAAAGGCAAGCGCGGAUACGAGACACUCGCGCUUCUGGCCCACGAAGAGCUCACCGGCCUCUACAGGAAGGUCGGCUUCCGUGUCCAGUGCGUCAGCCAUAUCCAGUACGGAAGCGGCCAGUGGCUCGAGAUGAGGCGCAGCGUCUACCCGUCCCCAAGCAGCGGCCCUGGUAGCCGCAUCGGCUCGGCACUCACCCGCACCACCUCCGCCACCUCUUCCGCCAGCGAUGACAAUCCGGCUGGCCUGAAGAUGACGGCCAACACGCGCGCUCCCACUACCACCAGCGCCACGAACGCCACCGAUGAUACCCCGACUCCCACUCCAACUGCCACGGACGCCAAAGCGACGUCAGUCACCCCUAAGCCUAGCUCGCCCGCGCCUGCAUCACCCGCAGGCAUGCCUUCGCAGGCGUCCAUCAUGGCCGCUCUCGCCGCACAGUCUCAGCCAGGCAAGAGUCCUGGCCAAACGUACACUUCCAUCCUCGGUCAGGCUGUGGCCGCCAAGACGCCGGCUGAAGAUGCCGGCAUGGCCCUCGAGGCGCGUCUCGUCGAUCGCGAGACCGGCACCAACCUCGCCAAGCUCUACUGCCCCAUGGAGAACUGCCGGUGCUGCAUCCUUGCCAAAGGCGCGGGUGAAUGGACGCGCAAGGAGAGCGGUCCCCUGUCGAAUCCGGCUCUCGAAUUGCCCAACUCGCCGUCGCCGCCCCAGGCGCCUGCCUUUCCGCUACAUGCCGCCAGCCCAGGCAUCUCCAACCGGCUGCUGACCACCGUCAAAGGCUUCUGGCAGGUGGCUGGCCCGCUUCAAUUCGACAACGUCGGCUUCUCGCGCGACAUGAAGUGGAGCGUGCCGAUCAGCAACGAUCCGACAUCACCUCGGCUGGAAAGUGCGGAUGCGUCGGCGCCGAGCGCGUCGAGCAUCAGCGCCGGGCUCAAUGCACCGCGCACCAAGGCGCAGGAAAAGGAGGCGCGCGACAAGCAGAAGCGCGAAGACAAGGAGCGCCAGCGCGAGGAGAAGGAGCGUCGCAAAGAGCAAAAAGCCAAGGAGAAGCAGGAGAAGCGCGAGCGCAAGCGUGGCGGCAGUGGAUCGGACUCGAAUGCCGAGGACGAAGACGUCAGCUCGCUGCUCGCACACCUCUCGCUCGGACUCACGCCGGGCGAAGAGCUGACUGUCAAGUACCUCCUCUGCCCCGACUGCGAGUGCGGCCCGCUCGGAUUCACCAUCCUGCCCACCGAAAUGCAGGGCGGCCGAUUGGCGGCCGAGGUUGGCGAUCAAGUCGAGCAGAUGAAGGGCGGCACGCUCGGUGCACCAGGUGCUGCGCCCAAGCGCCCUCCGCAGCUCUUCUACCUCGCCGCCGAUCGUGUCCGAUACCAGUUUGAACGCUCCUGA